AUGUCAGGCUCAACUGACAGUAUCACUGAGAAGAACUUCUUUGAGGAGGAAUUAGAUGAGGAAAAUGUGAUUUUAACCCUGGUCCCCGUUAUAGAGGAACCUAAACAAGAACUUCUAAUGGAAACAAGUGUUUCUUCAACUGCAGAUAUCAAACAUGCAGGUAUCAAACCUAAGACUCUCAGGAAAAACAUUCACCUUCCGCAAACGAAUGAACAAUUCAAAGCUUUCCCAAAGCCUAACUGUAAAAUACCACUCCUUCCCUUGCCAACCAUUUUGCCUCCGAUUAAUAAGGUUUCUCGGGACACUUUGCGAAACUGGUGCCAACAAUUUAAUUUGAGUACCGAUGGCCAGAAAAUAGAGGUUUAUUUGAGGCUCCAGAAGCAUGCAUACCCCGAACAAAAAUAUGAUGUUCCUGAAACAUUUCAGGAGGCCAGAUUGAGGCCGUGUUCCAGGAAAUGCAAAGAAGUGGCUGAUGCAAUGGGGCUGCGGAAAGGUCGUAAUAAGGUUAAGAAAGAGGACGAGGCUAAUGUAGUUGAAGUGGUAACUUCAGCUCAGGAGUCCAUGUUGGCCUCUUGGGCAAGGAUCGCUGCCAGGGCUGCUCAGCGCAAGGCUGUGAAUUCCUGUCCCAUCCCUACUUCUGUGGAGGCCUUUCUACUGCAAACCUCUGGUGUCAGGUGGUGUGUGGUUCAUGGCCAGCUUCUCUCUGCAGACGCAGCAGGCUGGGUUCGCCUGCAGUUCCAUGCAGGUCAGACCUGGGUCCCUGACACUCCCAAGAGGAUGAUUGCUCUCUUCCUGUUACCAGCCUGUACCUUUCCAUCCCCAGGACUAGAAGAUAAUAUGUUAUGCCCUGAAUGUGUAAAAAGGAAUAAGAAGAUGAUGAAAGGAUUAAUUAUGACGGGAGAGAAAAAGCAACGCAUUGUAGGAGACCAGAAGGUGCCACCUUAAGCAGUGUUGAAGUCUUAUUUUGGUCUGAAGGCAAUUGAGAAGAAACAGGAAAAAAGCUUUCUGCCUUCCCACUAUUGGCCCCAAAACAGGACAUAAAUUUUGCAAAAAUUCCUCUUUCCUUACCAGGACAAGUGGUGGACAGCUCAUGGGUAAAUUGUCAUGCAGCUUGAUAAUUGCUGGGUUGUGUCCUGACCAUCUUCA